GCUUGCAUUUCGCGCUGGGAGCUCCUCUAUGGCGGAGCCCAGGGUUUCAUCGAUUCAACCGGCGGCAAUGGCCGGCGCUAUCGAGAGAUCAUCUGGCACCACCUCGCUCGGUCGUGGCGAGAAUCGACGCGGCUCAGAGCGCGGAUGAGCUCCAGGAGCAGCUGGCCGCGCUCGUGGACGAAGCAAGAUCGGCGAGAAUGCGAGGUAAUCUCUGUGUUUACUCGGAACGGGGAAGAAAUUUCUUCCUGUGAAUCCAGCGGACAAGGCGCGGGCAAGAUUUAUGCGGCUAACGGAGAGUGUUGAGCAGAUGAAUCUCCGCGCCGCGGCGGAGAUUAAGGCCGGGAAUGAGGACUCGGCCAGGCAGCUGAUCAAGGAGAAGAGGAAUGUAAUGGCUGCGCUAGAGCUGUCCAAGAAGCGAGCCGCGUUAUUGGAAGAAUUCGCGACAAAGCUCAACCAGGUUAUUUCUUUGAAAGAAACUCGUUUGAUGGCGUCCCUAUCGUUGGGAGAGCUCAGCGAUACGACGACCACUUCCAGUGUGCGAAUUGUUCCUCCAAAAGAUAGAGUGCUGAUCGUCCCUCCAAAAGAGAAAGAAACUGGCAGAGACGAUCAAUGUAGCAGCUAG